AUGUCAAGGGCCGAAAGAACAAAUGAAGAUCACGGCAGUGAAGUCCAUGGCUCGUCAAGGAUACCAGGUGCAACACCAAGCUCUUACGAUCAUGGCCACCUAGACCACGGAAGUCCCAUUACCGAAUCGGAGUUCGGCGGCAGACAGAGGUCGCCGUCGUACUCAAUUCGAGUCCGCCAAGCAGGGGGUCCCAACAGUAUAGACAACUUCGCGCGAUCUUGGCAGAGAGCCGCGGCCUUCCCAGAAGUCAUCCCACGCCGGUCAUCAUUUGUCUCUACGUACUCGGACGAUGAUCUUGGCAUUGCCACGGGUCAAGAAUAUGGAUCAAGAAGCUCUCCAUCCUGGGGUCGGCACUCGGAUGUGGACCGGCCAUUACUUCGCACAGACUCGGACUCGGACCUGGAUCAUGGGGAUUCCCGAGCGCCUGAGUCUUCCAAGAGGGCGUUGCCUAGUGCUGGCCUGCUUGCUUCGUCGUUUGAUAGAAGUUUUGCGGCUUCGUAUGGCACCGUCUCCUCCCGGAUGAGCACGUCGACACGGAGGCAUGCGAUUCAAUUCCACCGAGAGCACCAUCCCCAUCCGCAUGUGGAUGGGUCUGGAGAUUUAGAUCGAGGCCCAUUGCUCGUUAAGCAUGUCCAACAUGAAGACGGGACCCAAGAGGAUAUCAUUGUUGGGCAAUCCACUGUCCCGCAGACCAUCUUUAACUCGGUCAAUGUGCUGAUCGGUAUCGGCUUGCUGAGUCUUCCAUUGGCGAUGAAGCAUGCCGGGUGGGUUUUGGGAUUGGCGUUCCUUGUCUUCUCGGCAGUCACCACUUCCUAUACAGCCAAGAUCCUGGCUAAGUGCUUGGAUGUCGACCAGAGCCUUGUCACGUAUGCUGAUCUGGCUUAUAUCAGUUUUGGGCAACAUGCCCGGUUGAUAACCAGCUUUCUGUUCUGCCUGGAACUCUUAGGAGCAUGCGUGGCACUUGUUGUGCUCUUCGCAGACAGUUUAUAUGCCUUGGUGCCAGGGUUGAGCAUCCUCCAAUGGAAGAUCAUCUGUGGAGUUGUCCUUGUACCGCUCAACUUCCUGCCACUACGAUUCCUGAGUAUUACCAGCAUAUUGGGUAUAAUUUCGUGCACAUCAAUCGUGGUACUCAUUUGCAUCGAUGGCCUUAUCAAGCCAGAUGCACCGGGUUCCUUGCGACAGCCAGCUAAUACGUUCCUCUUCCCCGAGAACUGGGCUACCCUCCCUCUGAGUUUCGGUCUUAUUAUGUCACCAUGGGGUGGCCACGGUGUCUUCCCUAAUAUCUACAGAGAUAUGAGACACCCCCAGAAAUACGGAAAGAGCCUUUCGGUGACUUAUAUAUUUACAUUUACUCUGGACUGCUCAAUGGCGAUCAUUGGUUGGCUCAUGUUUGGCAAUGGCGUCCGCGACGAAAUCACUGCGAACGUUCUGACCAUCACCGACUACCCACAGUCCAUCUCCGUCUGUAUUGUGAUCUUCAUUUCGAUCAUCCCGCUCACAAAGGUCCCACUAAAUGCCCGGCCUCUUGUGGCCACAUUUGAAGUUCUGUGUGGACUCGGAGGCGGCUAUGUGCCUGCUGAAAAUGGCUCGGAGACGCUACAAAAGAUCUCACGGGCAAUGGUCCGCGUUUUUGUAGUGGCUAUGAUUGUCAUUUUGGCAGUCAUCUUCCCGGCUUUCGACCGUAUCAUGGCUUUCUUGGGAUCGUUCUUGUGCUUCACGAUUUGUAUCAUCUUCCCUCUUGCGUUUUAUCUCAAGAUCUUUGGAAAGGAGAUCAGUCGAGGUGAGUACAUCGUUGAUUGGAUUCUGCUCAUCAUCUCUUCGAUAUUGGCAGCCGUGGGAACUGUAUGGGCCUUCCUACCGCAAGACAUGCUCUCUGCAAACUAG